AUGAACGACUUUCCCACCCUCUCUGGCAAGCCGAAGCUGCAGCUUCUUUGGCCUGACCAUCUUAACUUGCCCUUCAUGAACACGGCGGUCCCUCAAAGAUACCGCAUCGGCCGUCGCCGCACCAAGUCAAAAUCCGGACCUGGCAACGAGGAGAUCACUGGUCUCAAGACCUCAUUCAAUGCCUGGGAUGGUGUCCGCGAUUUCCAGAAGCACAAGUGGGCAACUUCAGAUCUUCAAUAUGUCUUCCUCGUGCUCCUCGCACUUUUCUGCCUCUGGAUCGCUCCUCCAGCCCCUGGCGUCAAGCUCUUGGCCGUGGUCGGCAGUGUCUGGCUUGUGCUCAUGCCUGCCACUCGCCAGUUCUUCCUCCCGUCGUCAAUGAUCUGGAUUUGGCUUCUGUAUUUCUUUUGUAGCCGCUUUAUCCCCUAUGAGGUUCGACCUCACAUCUGGGUCCGAGUGCUGCCCGCCCUCGAGAACGUCCUCUAUGGCGCCAACCUUUCCAGCAUUCUCUCCGCCCACCAACACCCGGUUCUCGAUAUCCUCGCCUGGGUUCCCUAUGGCUUGUGCCAUUUCGGUGCUCCUGCCGUCUGCGCCCUGAUUCUCUGGAUCUUUGGCGCCCCUGGCACCACCCCUGUUUUCGCGCGCACUUUCGGCUGGAUGAGCAUUCUCGGUGUCACUAUCCAGCUCGUCUUCCCCUGCACGCCUCCUUGGUAUGAGAACGAGCAUGGCCUUGAGCCUGCUGCGUACGGCAUGCCCGGAUCUCCCGCCGGACUCGCUCGCAUUGACGCAAUUUUCGGCAUUGAUCUGUACACAACCAACUUCAGCUCUGCGCCCGUGCCCUUUGGCGCUUUCCCCUCGCUUCAUGCUGCCAAUGCAGUUCUUGAAGCCCUCUUCAUGACUCACUGCUUCCCCCAGUUCCGCACCUACUUCAUCCUCUACGCUGGCUGGGUCUGGUGGGCCACUAUGUACCUCAGCCACCACUACGCGAUCGACCUGGUCUGCGGUGGUCUCAUUGCUGCCUCCUUCUUCUACGUGGCAAAGGCGCGAUGGUUGCCCCGACACCAGGAGGACAAGAUUACCCGCUGGGAGUACGAGUACGUCGAGUACGGCGACCGCAACACGAUUACGGACGAGGAAUACGGCGAGUACUUCGGCCUUGGCCUGCUGGGACGCCCACGGGCCGACUCUAGCGAUGGUUGGACUGUAGCGAGUGCCUCUAGCUACAGCUCCAGCAGCGGAACCUUGAGCCCAACCCUGUCGGAGGAGGCCCUCCCCCACAUGCUCAUGGAUCUGGACGAAAACGGACAUUCCUGGGAGGGCCAAAACCGACCCCGCGAUGUGGAACUGAGCGAGGUGGUUGUUGGGCGGUAA